CUCAGGAACUAUUGAUUAGAUAUUUAUUGAGGUAGGCUAUAAGCUUAAAUACUAUCACGCUAUCCAUUGGAGUAGAGCGACAUUGAGAAAUGUUAGAAAAACGAAAGAAAUAUCACUAGUGAGUGCGUGCGCUGCGUCAACAGUUAAAGUUGCAUAAAAGUCGUGCAACCAUGACGGAAUUAUCUCUAUAAAAAGUCCGCGGAAAAUCUAUAUAGUUUCCGGUUACGCUUUUCAUGAAAAUUGACUUUGAUUUAUAAAGAGGCUGGUUUUCGAAAGUUUUAUUUUGAACGGUGCUAAUUCUGAUUGAAAUAAAUAUGUAAAGCGUUUCAAGUAUUUCAUUUUAAGCAAAGUGGCCCUUUAGGUCAUUUAAUUUCAGCGAAAAUUUUAGGAGAUUGUUGCGCAAUAACCAGUUCGGUUGGUGACUUCGCAAUAAACUAUAAUCGAUUAAAAAAAUCGCAACAACGCAGAAUAAGACAAACAAGGAUUCUGAAAUAAUAAAUAUAAAUAAAAUAACGUACAACUAUCAAGCCUACCGAAAUUUGAAAAAAAAAAAAAUCUUGGCGCUCUUUUUUACUUUUAGAACUUUAGAAUGUUCUUAAAAAGUGUUGUGUUGUUCUGACCGUGUAAUUUUUUUACGAACAAGGCAAUUCAUAAUUUUAUUAACAAAAUGCAAGUACUUAUCGAAAAUCCCGAUGUUAAUGAAUUAGGAUACAUAAUUGCAAUUGCCAAUUUGAACGACAAACAUGAUAGAUCCGCUCCUUCUCAUUACCAUUGGAAAAUUCUUAAAUGCAGGAUGAUUAUAUUUUCUAAUUCAUCGAUCCUGGCUUGCCCAGACAAAAACGACCUAAAACAAGUUCACAUAAUUUUCAAUAAGGCUGGCGAUGACUACGACAAGUUAAAUUCAUUGUUUCUGAAGUUUUCUCUAGUGCAAGAUGGCGCAAUUCAGCUGGUCACUCCAGAAAUAUUUCGUCUAUGUUUUCAUUACACAAUGACGGCAAGACUGGCGCCAGUAUGGAGUGCGUUAGGAGAUAAUUAUCUUAUAAAUAACAGAGACUUUCUAAUACAGAGAGGACCUCAAGAAGGUGUUCAAUUUGAUAUUUCAGUUGAUGAUGCCUACACUCUUAUAGAACUUAAGGCUGUUAAAAUAAAUCUUAUGGUUACAGAAAAGGACUUUUUUCCUGGCGAAUGGAUACGUGUUCUUCCAAGUCUCAACAAGGCUAUCGUUGACGAGAGCCACGAAACUUUACCAGAGGUGGCAAAAUUUAAAUCUUAUAAAGAUUUACGUCGCCACUGGAAGAAUAUACAUGGGUAUCGGCUUCCUGAAGAAGAAAGUACAUAUUACUCUAUCCAAUUCUGGCGCGGAGAACCGCUGCUAUAUCCAAAGUUAUGUGUGAUAAGAAAUUUUCCUAUCGUAACUCCCGUACCUAAGUCCCUAGAGAAAAUGAUAGUCACCAGAUUUCUAAGUUGUUUGAACAGCAAGAUGUCAAGCUUCCUCGGCACGCCACUGAUAAUAAAAAUGCAAACCGCACAAUUUGAAAAUGACACCGCGGCCCACGCGGUGUCCAGUACUAUUUUAUCUGAGACCCAAAAUGUGAGUCUUUGCACACCAACACAACGCAGCAGACGCUCUUAAGUACCUAAUGUGCAACUGUGUGUGUAUUCAAAUAUUAUUUGUUAAUAGAAAUAAAACAAAGUUUUU